AAUAAAAGGGAUUUAAGUUGACGUUGCGUCACGUGAGCUGGGCGCAUAAUACUGCGCGGUGUUAUGGCACGGGGAAGAAAACCGGAGCCCCGGUCUGACCAUAUGAUGCUGAUUAUAUGCGGUUUACCCCCACUUGCCAUGAGGGGAGUCUGGGCUUUCUAGUGUGUUUAUCGAGGGAAGAAAAGCAAAGAGAAGCAGAGUGAAAGAGAGAGGAUCCUGGGUUUGUGGAUGUAUUACACUGCUGUCACGGACGGAUAUGUUUUUCCACGCGGACAGAGUCAGAACCCGAGCUUUGGGAGGAUGGAUUUUAUUUUGAGAAAUCCAGCCCAGUAAGUUCAGGCCAUCGCACGGUCUCCGAGACACCUUGAACUGCCUUAGGUUCACCCGAGGAGGCCAUUGGCGGAGAGGCGUCACGUGAUCACAGGGUGCCAAUGUUAUUCUACAAGGGUGUCAAGACCCUGUCAGUUUCUGAAAUAAAUAUUGGGAAACGGCGAGAUGCAAAAGGCAACCUACUACGACAGCUCCGCAAUUUACAGUGGCUACCCAUAUCAAAGCGCAAAUGGCUUCAGUUAUGAUGCCAAUCAGGUUCAAUAUCCCCGGGCUUCUCAUGUGGAAAGUGAAUACCAUCGACCUGCCUGCUCCCUACAGUCUCCUGCUGGCUCCGUGGCCCUUCAGAAGCCGGGGGAGAUGGCGGAGAACUGCGACGGGACCGCAGCCAUUCAGGCGGCGCAGUCCAAGGGUCAUCCCGAAAGCAAUCAACCGCAGGUGCCGGUUUCAGGCCCACCUCCUCCCCCACAAUCCCCCGGUGCUAUCAGCCAAAACACAAACAACGGGCCCAGCCAGCCCAGUGCCAAGAACGGCUCUCCGACCUCCACUGCUCGCAACAAACAGAUCUUCCCCUGGAUGAAGGAAUCCCGCCAGACCACCAAGCAGAAACCCACCAGUAGCUCCAGUUCAGUGGAGAGUUGUCCCGGAGACAAGAGUCCUCCGGGGUCAGCAGCAUCGAAGAGGGCCCGGACAGCUUACACCAGUGCACAGCUUGUGGAGUUAGAGAAGGAGUUCCAUUUUAACCGGUACCUCUGCAGACCCCGGAGGGUAGAGAUGGCCAAUCUGCUCAACCUCACCGAGAGACAGAUCAAAAUCUGGUUCCAGAACCGCAGGAUGAAAUACAAGAAGGAUCAGAAAGGUGUCGGGAUGAUGCCUUCCCCUGGCGGACAGUCCCCUCGGAGUCCUGUGGGCCCGGCUUCCAGUGGUGGUGGAGGAUACCUCAACUCUAUGCAUUCUCUUGUAAACAGUGUACCUUAUGAAUCCCACUCCCCGACAUCUUACAGUAAACCUCAUCAAACCGCAUACGGUAUGGCCACGUCUUAUCCCCCUCCUUUGAACAGCUCCCUCAGCAACUGCCCGCCUUCCCAGAAGAGGUAUCCCGGCACAGACUCGGCCACGCCCGAGUAUGACGCGCAUCCUCUCCAAGGCAAUGGCAACUACGGGACUCACAUGCAAGGCAGCCCCGUUUAUGUCAGCGGAGGUUACAUCGACUCAGUGCCCAAUUCUGGGGCCUCUGUUUUCGGUCUGACCCACCUCCCGCACCCACCGUCCGCAAACAUGGACUACAAUGGAGCAAUCACAAUGGGUAACAGUCAGCAUCACGGAGUGUGUGAUCCGACACCGACGUACACAGACCUAACGCCGCACUACUCUCAGGGAAGAAUCCAGGAAGCGCCCAAACUGACGCAUCUGUAGCGGUGGCGCUGCCCGGAUCACUCCGCCCAUUGUCUUAUCCACCUCCAGACACUUUACUGCUUUGUUUCUGCGCCUUCCCACGGCUUCCAUCUUCUCUCUGCUUUUCCUUCUGUUUUUAUAGUCUGAUGUGUGUAGUAGUUUAGGAUAAAUAAUCACAAUUUGCUUGAUUUCUUCUCUAUUUGCUCGUCUCAUUGUCUCACAAAGACCUUUAUCUGGGCUGUAGGAUGUCUAGAGUGGGAGGGAGGGGGGUACAGUAUGCAUUGCCAUAUUUAAUCGUUUCUAAAAUCUUGUUUUAAAAUUGCAAACAGGGUAUUAUGAACAUAUGUUAUUCUUUUUAAUGUGAAUUAGUCGGUGUUUUAUUUAUCCGCAGCUGAAGAAUUGUGUUUUGCAUUUUGUUGCACUUGUGAAAGGAUCCUUCAGGAGCCAUGAGAACGGAUUGAGGGAGUUACGUUUUCAAAAAACAAGGGCCAUGAGCAUACACGCAACCUCCCCUUGCUUGUGUUUUGUUCUAUUGGACUUCUUCAGUGUUAUUUAUUUUAGUUGGUGUACAGAUUAGAGUCCUUUGGUAUUGUUUGACACUCCCGAGAUCUUCGUGUGGGGGAGAAGGUUGGUGGAGAAUUAGCGUCUCGGCCCUGGAUCCAGCCCAUACAUGCAGUGUGCAGCAGCAGCACGCCGUGGUGCACGUCUAAGCCUUGUUUUCAUUCUUAUCUUCUUCGAGGAGGUGUUUUAUUAGUUUUAUUAUCUCAGCGAAGGUAAAAUCAGUGAGUCAUGCAAUAAGGUUGGAAAGAAAGACACAGGUUAGCAAUGUUUUUUUUA